CCAAUUUUCAUUUUUUUAUAUUUUAAUUAGUCAAAUCUUUUCAAGAGUCAAAUACUUCAUGCAGGUCCUCUUUCUCUAGCUAGUAUUUUUUUUUCUCUAUAUAUUAACAUAAAGAUGGGUUUUGUUUGAAAACCUAAAAGGUUUACAAAAGAAGAACAAGAAAAAAAAUUCUACUUUUUUUUCAAUUUCCAUAUAUGGAGAGCUCGAGAUCUGGUGAUGGAAAUAGUGGACUCAAGGAAGAUAAGAGAAGUGAACAUAGUAUUGGUGAUGAUCAUGAAAGUCAUCAUCAUGAUCAUAAAAAGGAGACUAUUGUUGAGGAACAACCCAUUGCUAAUGCUGAAAAAUCAAUGGUGGAGGCAGAACGAAUAGAAUCCUCUGCCAAAAAUGAUAAGGUUGUUGAUGAUCAACUUGAGACAACAAAAGUCCAAAUGGGUGAAGUGAGAGAAGAAAAUCAACGGUUAAAAAUGUGUCUCAACAAAAUAAUGACUGAAUACCGGGCACUAGAAAUUCAAUUUCAAAAUAUGGUUAAGCAAGAAACAAAGAAAAACAAUGUUGAUACAAAUGAUAAUAACCAUGAUGAAAUAAUGGCAGAAUCUGAUCUUGUUUCCCUCAGCCUUGGAAGAGUUCCUAGUAACAAUGUUCCAAAAAAUGAAGACAAAAAUAACAAAGUUUCUAAACUAACAUUGAAUAAUGAAGAUGAAGAAUUUAAGGAAGAGUUGGCUCUUGGAUUGGAUUGUAAAUUUGAAACAUCAAAAUCAGGUAGCACUACUGAAGGAUUACCAAAUGUUCCAAGUCCUGUGAAUAGUUCUGAAGUAGUUCCUAUAAAGGAUGAUGAAGUUGUGGAAACUUGGCCACCAAGUAAGGUAGUUAAUAAUAAGACAACUAGAGAUGCUGAAGAGGAAGUUGCUCAACAAACUCCGGCCAAGAAAGCUAGAGUUUGUGUUAGAGCACGAUGCGACACACCAACGAUGAACGAUGGAUGCCAAUGGAGGAAAUAUGGACAAAAGAUUGCAAAAGGAAAUCCUUGCCCGCGAGCUUACUAUCGUUGCACGGUUGCACCAUCAUGUCCUGUUAGAAAACAGGUACAAAGAUGUGUUGAAGACAUGUCAAUUUUAAUCACAACCUAUGAAGGAACACACAACCACAAUCUCCCUCUUUCAGCAACAGCUAUGGCAUCCACGACAUCUGCGGCCGCGUCCAUGCUAUUAUCAGGUUCAUCAACCUCUCAUUCUGGUUCAAUCCCCUCAACACAAACCAACAACAAUCUUCAUGGCCUAAACUUUUACCUACCAGAUGGUUCAAAAUCAAACCAACUUUACCUAUCCAACCCUGCACUAUCAUCUCAACAUUCACAUCCAACAAUCACUCUUGACCUCACUUCAAAUCCAUCAAAUUCUUCUUCAACAUCACCCUUUGUUAGAUUCAAUAACCAAUUACCAAGAUACCCUUCUUCCACAAGUCUUAGCUUUAGUUCCCCUGAAUCAAAUCCAAUGCAUUGGAAUAGCUUCUUAAGUUAUGCUACUACACAAAAUCAACAACCAUAUAAUAGAAACAAUAAUAAUCUCAGCACAUUAAACUUUGGUAGACAACAAAAUACAAUGGAAAAUAUAUACCAAUCCUACAUGCAAAAAAACAACAAUAAUGUUUUACCAGAUAGUACUAUAUCUGCAGCAACAAAAGCAAUCACUGCUGAUCCAAAUUUUCAAUCAGCUUUAGCUGCAGCACUUUCUUCACUUAUUGGAAACAAUACUAAUAAUAAUCAAGGAAUUCAAAAUAAUCAAAGUGGAGGAGAAAAUUUGAGUCAGAAAAUGAAAUGGGCUGAGAUGUUUCCUGUUUCUGCUAGCUCAUUGCCUUCAAGUUCUAAAGUUAAUGGUUGUGCUUCGAGUUUCUUGAACAAGAAGGCGCCGGCGAAUGCACAGACAGGAAGUUUGAUGUUACUGUCUCCUUCUUUGCCAUUUUCUACAACCAAAAGUGCUUCUACAUCUCCUGGUGGUGGUGAUAAUAGUGAUAACACCAAUUAAUUAUUGGUGAUUGUUUAUUUUUCUGUAGUUACAUAGAAAUUUUUAUAUAUUUUUUUUUGCUUUUUUGAUUGGAUUGUUGUAAACUUGUAAUUAAGGAACUGAGUUCAAUUGUAUCAUUUUCAUAUUUUAUUUAUUGAAAUAAUACGUUUUAUUUUAUA